AUGCCCAAAUCAGUGACACCCUCGGCGCGACCUGCGACACCCUCGAACGCCAACCCAGCCCCGCUGGACACCCCGACCCAAGAUGACCCGACAAGACGUGUGUCAUCACCAUUGCGCUCCGCGAGCGUUAUCCACUCGACCUCAUCCGUGGGCACCGGUGUCGAUACACCUGCUCUUGCCUCUGGCCCCGAUCGAGAGUCUGUUCUGUCCACUGCUACCGACAACGGAUGCCGUGUCACGAUCGAAUCCAAAAUCGCAGCUGGUUUGAAUUCGUCCGCUCGCGUGCGGCCCUUCAUACCAAUUAAGCUCCCCAACUUCCGCAAGAGCAAGCACGUCGGCGCUGCGAGUCCAUCGCUUGCGGGUCAAGGUGAAGGUUCCUCCGCUGCUCAGCUCGCCCCUAAGGUGCCGAUCCCCGUCAUCACACAUAUCCAGGGGCCGGUGCAAGAACACGCUAAGACAUCUCGUCAUCCCGUACCACCGUCAUGGAGAGCCGCUACUACCCAUAAUUCAUUUCUCGCCUCGAAUCAUCGCAAAAGCGCAACCGCACCGGCGUCUGCUCGUAUGGCACCGAAUAGCCAGUCUGUUUCAACUAACGCGGACGCGGACGGCAAGGGGCGCUAUACGAAUAGCAAGGCUCGGAUCGCUACCCUCGCCAUAGGUGAAUGGCGCGCAGGUACCUCUGUUGGCGCGACGCCACGUCGGGCCUUGCCCAACUCAAAGGCGGUCAAGAUCGCUGACGGUAAACUAGCUGACGGCGCGACCACGUCCGGUGCGGCUCUAGCCCCUCCGAAUGAUACCCUUUCUGCUAGUCUCUUCGUUACGAACAAACAGAGCCCUCCGUCCACCGCUCGUCGGGAACCGGAAGCUCCGAAUGCAUCGUCGUCGAAGGAGCUCCAUAGUAAAGCGAACGCGUUGAAAUCGGUGCCUCCCAUCGAAGGUUCGACGCUCACGAGGACGAAGAAGGGACAAGAUCCAAGAGUCGAGGGCUCGAAGGCUGUAAGAAAGGGUCCACGCAUAUCGUCCUCGUUAAGCCAGGCUAAGCCUCAGACCCCUCAAACCUCCUCUUCGAACGCGGUGAUACCACAACGCUUCAUCCAGACGGACAAGAAGAAGACUGCGAUGGCCUCGAGAGUGAAUUCGAACACAUCUUACCAGAGUUGCAGGCGACCACCCCCCAACGCCUCGUCAAGCUCGAAGACGGGGAAGAAAUCCGUCACAGAGGACCCUCAGUCGAAGAAAGAAGAGUGCCCAAAGCCCAAGAAGGUAGUUAUGGCGGCCCUUCCAUCGGAAGAGGACAUAGCCAAACUCGUCAUGAAGGACCCUGUGAUUUACGAGCUGGUCGGUAAAGCACAAAAGAACAAGACGAUUCUGAAGGACCUCUAUUUCAAGAAGGCGAAGCCGAGCCUUGAGGAUGAUGGCGACCAGUCCCUCAAGGAGACAGUUGACGCGUCGGUGACAUCCAAGGAUCCUACGCCGGCUGCCAGCGCUUCCAACUCAGACGCAACGAAUACACUUUCGGAGACGGCACCGUCCGAGGAGGUCAAGCCAUCCACGACGGGCGCGGGGGGCGAGGGGGAUAUGCUCACUGCUGGAAGUCGCAGUACAACUUCUCCAGAAGUGUCCAGUACGUUGUCCGGUUCUCCUAGAACAGGUAUUCAGAAUAAAAGAAAAGCCGAUGCUGGAGAGACCUCCACUCGGGGGAACCGAGAUGAUACUCCAUACUCUGACCUGCCGGCUCGUCCAUCGAAAAGGCAUCGCGUAGAGGUGGAGCAGAAUCUUCCCACUUGGCCGGGUGCCCUUUUGAAGCGACCAUACAGUCGCUUUUUCUCUCGAUCUCCCUCAGUCGCAUCGUCCGUGACUCUAGUAGGAAACGGCGGAACACCAACUCCCGAACCGGACAAGGUUGAGCUCCGCAAGGAGAAUCCGAAGCGUCAGCUCGAACUCCUACCUGGUGACAAGCCAGUCUAG